AGCUCCGAUGGCACUAAUCCCAAUUCAAAAUCCAAAACCCUCUUUCCAUUUCCCCCCUUUGUAAACAAUUAUCCAUUUUGAAUCUCAAAUUCGAUUCAUUCUCAGACUCAAUGGAUGCCGAUGAAUCUAAAUGUGAAGCUGAAGGAGCUGUCUUAAAAGGAGUUCCGGCUUACGGCGGCAAAUAUAUCCAUUACACCGUACUCGGAAACCUAUUUGAAGUUUCUUCUAAAUAUGUUCCUCCGAUUCAGCCUGUCGGCCGUGGUGCUUACGGCAUCGUUUGUUGUGCUAAAAAUGCUGACACUAAGGAAGAGGUUGCAAUCAAGAAAAUAGGGAAUGCAUUCGACAACAAUAUUGAUGCCAAAAGGACUUUACGGGAAAUCAAACUCCUCUGUCAUAUGGAUCAUGAGAAUGUUAUCAAAAUUAAGGACAUCAUACGCCCACCAGAUAAAAACAAGUUUAACGAUGUUUACAUUGUGUACGAGUUAAUGGAUACCGAUCUUCAUCAGAUUAUUCGCUCUUCUCAGGCAUUAACAGAUGACCACUGUCAGUACUUUCUAUAUCAACUACUACGCGGCUUAAAAUACGUACACUCUGCAAAUGUUUUGCACCGUGAUCUGAAACCAAGCAACUUGCUUCUGAACGCAAAUUGUGACCUCAAGAUUUGCGACUUUGGGCUCGCAAGAACUACAUCCGAGACAGAUUUCAUGACUGAGUAUGUCGUGACAAGAUGGUAUCGAGCCCCUGAAUUGUUGCUUAACUGCUCCGAGUAUACCGCAGCUAUCGAUAUCUGGUCAGUCGGUUGCAUUUUAAUGGAAAUUGCUUUGCGGGAACCUCUGUUUCCUGGUAAAGAUUACGUUCAGCAGUUGGUUCUUAUAACCGAGCUUCUAGGCUCACCGGAUGAUUCGGAUCUUCGAUUUCUGAGAAGCGAUAAUGCGCGAAAGUAUGUCAAACAGCUUCCUCACGUCCCAACGAAGACUUUUCAAGAGAAGUUUCCAAAUCUAUCGCCACUAGUGUUGGAUCUUGCAGAGAAGAUGUUAGUUUUUGAUCCGUCUAAACGCAUAAGUGUUGAAGAUGCGCUUAAUCACCCGUUCUUGCAAAGUUUACACGAGAUAAAUGAGGAGCCUACUUGUUCGUCGCCUUUUGCGUUUGAUUUUGAACAAGCGUCUUUAAGUGAGGAAGAUGUUAAGGAACUCAUUUGGAAAGAAACUUUGAACUUCAAUCCUGAUAGUGAUAGCGCAGUGGCUGAGUAAUCUUGUUUUCGAAAUUCUUUGAUUUGUCCGUUGAGGGAAACAAAGGAUAUUGAUGAAGAUGAUCUAUUCCUUUAUGGCAAAUCAUGAGAAUAUCACUUAGUGGCUUGUAUUUUGUGCAUUGAGAGUUGUAUAUCCAUGUGGAGUAUAUGUGUUCUUGCUUUGGAGAUGGUCAGAUGGCAUAGUCUUGAUUGUUCAUGUAUUUGAACAAGUGGUUUCAUAAGCAUUGGUUUUGUUUUGAUUUAAAUUUAUAAGAUAUAUUUGAAGAGGUGUUUUUGAGAUUUUGGCAUUGAUAAAAGUAAGUUUUUCGUCGCAAUUUAUAAGUUUUAAAGCA